CAUCAGGGCCAGGGGCCAGGCGGGGUCUCUGGGGCCGGUUGCCCAACAGCUGUUCCCUGGGUUAUUUUGGUCCAGCUUAUCAAUUCCAGGGUAUUUGGACCAAAAUAGCCCUCAGCAUGGUGGCUCUGUGGGGUCCUCUCCUUAGAAAAGUUUCUUAAAUAGAGAGUGGGAGGGAGGUGACCUGCCUUGCUGAGCUUUCAGCCUUGACACCUCCCUGACCUGCUUCCUUGGGGACCCAAGCUGGGAGCUGGUGGGGGAGGAGUGAGCGCUAGGAGGGAAGAGAUCAUUUUUUAAUUCGGUUUCUUGACCCCGUGGUGGUCCUCCAUAGCUGGUGACAGACGUACGACUUUUCCCCAUUUUACGGAGGGGCGCAGGGGGUCCAGAGAGGUGAGGCACAGAGGCCACAGGACAGGGAAGCCAGGCCUCCUUACCCCAGGCCACACCCCUUCGGGUGGGCCUCCUAGACCAGCAGCAGAUCCGCGCUGGCUGCUGCCCGUUCCUGACGAGCACGGGAUCAACGUGGAAAGUGCUGACUGGCCUUGGACUUCCUUUGGCCACAGCGGGGCGUCGGGGCGGCUGCCAGCCUCGAGGACUCCGAGGACCCCGCGGGCCUCGCUGAGAUUGGGGUAGGGGUUGGGAGGGAGGAAGAAAAGCCAUCCUCUGGCGCCCUGCCCAACCCCAUGGACAGGCUGGGUCGCGGCCCCCCAGGAGCCUGCCGGGAUUGCUCCGGGCGCAGGGCCACCGUGACCCGGGUUGUGCUCCCUUUGGCAACGGGGUGGCGCCCGGGGAGCGUGCUUUGGCACCUGGCGGGCGUGGGGGUGCCGGGCUCGGGGCCCGGGACACCGCCUGGGCUGGGAUGCGCUCGGUAACCGAGCUUAGUCGUCGAGGGCUCCUGGCCGAGCGCACACGGCAGCUGCUUAUCAGGUCCCCGAAGUAAGCCGUCCGGGUGGGGCCGCAUUUGGCGACCACCACUUGGCCACCCUCGCCGCUCCCGUCUCUCCCCCGGGAUUUAACAGCGGGUUAACUUCCUGUCCUGGCAAAUCCUUCCCGAGUCCCUCGCCCCUCCCUCCCGGCUCCCCCUCCCCGCCCCCCCCCCUUGGUCCCUUCCGCUCCGGGCUCCCCUAGUCCGCCCGCGCUGCGCUCACUCGCCCCCGCGCGCCCGGGCGCACGCCCUCCCCGCCCCGGCCGCCCUCCGGCUCCCAGCGCCCUGCCCUUCCGGGAGCCGGUCCGCGUCGCCGCGGCUCGCGCGGGUCAGCCAUGCGCCCCCGCACCGCCCCCCGCGCCCCCGCGGGACCCGCCGCCGCCGCGCUCGGGCUCUGCAGUCUCCUGCUGCUGCUCGGGCCCGGCCGCGCCUGCCCCGCGGGCUGCGCCUGCCCCGACCCGCACACCGUGGACUGCCGCGGCCGCGGGCUGCCCAGCGUGCCCGACCCCUUCCCGCUGGACGUGCGCAAGCUGCUGGUGGCCGGCAACCGCAUCCAGCGCAUCCCCGAGGACUUCUUCAUCUUCCACGGCGACCUGGUCUACCUGGACUUCAGGAACAACUCGCUGCGCUCGCUGGAGGAGGGCACGUUCCGCGGCUCGGCCAAGCUCGCCUUCCUGGACCUCAGCUACAACAACCUGACCCAGCUGGGCGCCGGCGCCUUCCGCUCGGCCGGGAGGCUGGUCCGGCUGAGCCUGGCCAACAACCGCCUGGAGGGCGUGCACGAGGCGGCCUUCGAGACCCUGGAGUCGCUGCAGGUGCUGGAGCUCAACGACAACGACCUGCGCAGCCUCAGCGUGGCCGCCCUGGCCGCGCUGCCCGCGCUGCGCUCCCUGCGCCUGGACGGCAACCCCUGGCUCUGCGACUGCGACUUCGCCCACCUCUUCACCUGGAUCCAGGAGAACGCGUCCAAGCUGCCCAAAGGCCUCGAUGAAAUCCAGUGCUCCCUGCCCCCCGAGAACAGGAGGGUGUUCCUGCGCCAGCUGUCGGAGGCCAGCUUCAGUGAGUGCCGGUUCAGCCUCUCGCUCACAGACCUGUUCAUCAUCAUCUUCUCGGGCGUGGCCGUGUCCAUCGCCGCCAUCAUCUCCAGCUUCUUCCUGGCCACCGUGGUGCAGUGCUUCCAGAGGUGCACCCCCAACAAGGACGCCGAGGAGGAGGACGAGGAUGAGGACGACUGAGCCCCCCCUCCCGUUCCUCGCUUUCCAGAACCCACGCUCGUGGCUCCCCUCGGAGGAGAGAGGGAAAUGCUGAGACCCACACGGGCAGUGCCCUGAGCCACCCAGAGUGGCGCCUGUUCCACGCCUGGGACCCGGGGGCGCACCGGGUGGGACCUCCGACCUCAGAGUGUAGAAUCCACAGCUCGAGGAGCUCAGGAAGGCUUCCUGGAGGAGGGGCUGCCACUCAGCAUGGGGUGUGCGUGGGGAGAUGAUGGAGUCUGGCUUCACAGCCGCCGGUGGGAAUCCAGCCCAGGGGACACGAGACGUGCAGUGCUCGCCCACAAUGAUGACUUUGUGACAUCCACGGCUCUGGCCUGGCCUGGGCCGCCAUGAUGCACCUCCUCCCUCCCAGGAGGCGGCUGCUCAGACAGUGGGGGUCGGGGUUCAGGUCCCUCUACCCCAUUUGGCUAACAUGGCACCAAGGAGAAAGCCAAGAACUGGCCAGAGUGUGUUUGUUGUUCCAUUUUGGUUGGGGAAACUUUUGUGGACAGAAACCAAACCUUGACCCUUAUCCCCUCGAGGCAGCGACCCACGGAGCAAGGACAGUCGCUUUGAGCAGUCCUGAUGGGCUCUGCUCAGAGUCACUCUUCCCUCUGGCGUUGUUUCCCCUCCUCGUCCCCAGACCUGUCCCUGAGUCGCUCCCCAGCCUUCCCCCCGCUGGCACUGCUCCAAACUCGCCAGCUCCAGAAUUUGCACAGAAACCUUCCCGGAGGCCAGGCUUCAGAGAGCAGGAGGCAUCGGACCCACAAAAUGGUAAAGACAUGAAACGAACGAACUGGGACUCGGCCUCUGAAACCCUCCCCCAGCGGCCUCGGGCUGUGUGUGAUGUGAUUUUGGAGCCCAGGUCGUGGCAGGCAGUGAUUACCAGCGCGGGGAAUGCAGCGCUUUGGUUCUGAGGUAGCACAACACCAGCAGUGUCAUGGGCCCAGCGGGGUAAUGCGAGGCGACACGCGUUAGCAGCUCUGGGCCUUGUGGGGACUGACGGGGGCUCACGAGAAGCUGUGGGAUGUUUCUGGCAUCACGCCUCCAUUAUUUCUCACAAUACACUCCUUACGUGAUUCCUCCAUUGCUCCUUUCCGUCUCCUGAAUGUUUGCUAAGCGCCAGGCAUUGAAUAAGACAGGCCCCUGCUCGCGUGGGCCUUGUAUUACUAUGGGUGGAACAUAAACAGGUAAGCAAAACUGAAAUUGCAAGUAGUGAUGGGCACCAUGAAGGAAAUAAAUGAGGCCUUGUGGCAGAGUAACUGGUAGAAACCACUCAAGAGUGGGCAGUUGGGUGUACUAGCGAGGGUUCUCUAGAGAAACAAAACCAGCAAGAGAUAGGUAUAUCCUAUCUAUCUACCUACCUACCUAUCUACCUAUCUGUCUUUCUAUCCCCCGCAACCUGGGGAUAUACCCUGACCGGGAAUUGAAUGGUGGCCACCUGGUUCAUAGGUCAGCGCUCAACCACUGAGCCAGUUUGGUCCGGUUUUGUGGUGGGUUGAAUCCACAGAUCCAAAACCUGGGGAUGUAGAGGGCUGACUAUAUAUUUAUUGAAAAAAAUCCCCAUAUUUGUGGACCCGUAUAGUUCAGACUGGUACUGUUCAGAGGGACCUGUAUUUUUGGGGAUGGAGUCUCUCUUGGGCUUUAAGCCAGUUUGAACUGGCAC